AUGUACGGCCUGUACUUGGAAGCAGUGAAUGAUUAUAUCAACGAGUCGUACGGAGAGGAUGUAUGGAGACUGAUAGAGGCCCGGGCAGAGAUACCGCAUCUCAAGUUUGUCCGCCAUCAGAUGUACAAUGACAACCUGAUCCUGCGGCUGGCCAAGGCAGCAGGCGAGGUCCUGGGGAAGACCCAUGAUGAGCUCAUGUAUGCCUUCGGGGUUUACAUGGUGAAGAGGAUCGGGAACUAUGGCUACGAGAGGAUUCUCAAGGUGUUGGGGCGUAAUGUGCGUGACUUCAUCAAUGAGCUGGACAACCUGCACGAGUACUUCCGCUUCUCCUUCCCCAAGGUGCAGCCUCCCAGCUUCUGUGUGGAGGAGGAGUGUGAGACCAGCCUCACCCUGCACUACCGCAGCACCCGCAAGGGCUUCACCCAGUUUGUCAAAGGCCAGCUGUCUCAAGUGGGAAGGCAGUUCUACAACACAGACAUUGAAGUUGAGAUCCUGUCCAAAGAGGAGACUGAGAAGAUGACAUAUGUGAUCUACAAGAUGAACUUUGACAACGCUGCCUUCAAGCACCGCAUGCCCCAGCAGAAGACGGCCCCAGGGUACGAGAAGCUACCCAUGAAGAGGGGCAUCUUUUUCGACAUGUUUCCCUUUAGCGUGAUCUUCCGCCGGGACAUGACCAUGUACCGCAUCGGGGACGGUCUAAAGGAGGUCUUCUCCGACCUGCAGGGCAAGAAGGUCAACGAAGAGUUCACCCUGGUGCGACCCAUGCUGGAGUUCAGCUGGGACAACAUCUACACCCACCUUAACAAUGUGUUUGAGCUACUGUCCAAAGCUGUGGUGGAGAGCAAGCAGAAGGUGAAUGUCCCUAAACUGAGCAAGGAAAAGGAAGACGAGGGAAAAGAGGAGAGCGAGAAACCCAAGAGAGAGGAAGAGAGAAAUGUCACUCACUCAGCCACCCAUCCUCCCUCCGUCAGUCAUCUCCUCCCUCCCUCCGUCAGUCAUCCCCUCCUUUCCUCUGGCCCAUUAGAUGUGAAGUCUGUGGAGGAGAUGAAGGGAGACCAGGAGUUCAGCAGUGCUCUGACUCAGUACAACAGCUCAGCCAACUCAGGGGGAGAGGACAUCGAGCUGCUCGCCUUCCAGACUGUCACCGGGAAGUGCAGUGAAACUAUCUUCGAGGAUAUGAGGGAACCUCCCAAAAAGCCCCUCCACCUGAAGGGUCAAAUGAAGUACGUCCCCCAGUGGGACUCGCUCAUCUUCCUCAGUACGCCCAUUAUAGAGACAGUGGAGGACAUGAUUAAAAUGGGCGUCUAUGUGAAUGAUCUGAACCUCCAUGACUCCAGCCGAGAGCUCAUCUUAGCCGGAACACAGCAGUCGGCUGAACUUCAGCUGGCUCUUGACCAGGAGCAGCAGAAGUACGCCCAGCUCCAGGAGAUCAUCAAGAAGCUUGACGAGGAGAAGAAGAGAGGAGACUCCCUCCUCUACGCCAUGAUCCCCAAAGCUGUGGCUGACCGGCUCAGGAAGGGUAUCACGGCCCUGGAGACAUGCCAGGUGUUCCCGGACGUGACCAUCCUAUUCAGCGACGUGGUGAAGUUCAACGAGAUCUGCAUCCACAUCACGCCCAUGCAGGUGGUGGACAUGCUCAACGAGAUUUACAUCGUCUUCGACACGCUCAGCGAGAAGCACAACGUCUACAAGGUGGAGACCAUCCGAGAUGCCUACAUGGUGGUGGCAGGCGUGCCCAAUAAGACAACCUUCCAUGCCCACCACAUAUGUGACAUGGCCCUGGACAUGCUGAGCUCCAUCGACCACCUCAAAGACCCCUCCACUGGAGACAACAUCCAGAUCAGAGUCGGGAUCCACUCAGGGAUGGUGGUGGCUGGGGUGGUGGGGCUGAAGAUGCCUCGCUACUGUCUGUUUGGAGACACCGUCAACACUGCCUCCCGCAUGGAGAGCAAUGGGGUGGGCAUGCAGAUCCACAUAAGCCAGACCACCAAAGACCACUUGGAACAUGAGCCCUACAUAAUUGAGGAGAGGGGAAAGAUCUUUGUGAAGGGUAAAGGCUACAUGAAGACAUAUUGGCUGAAGGGGAAGAAGGACCUGUCGUUUAAGACUCCAGCAGAGCUCCGCUACAGCAGUGAACAGAAGGACUCAGAGGACAGGAGCUCCAAUGGGUCCACCUGCACCAACACCAAGCGCUCCACCUCCAACCUGAACAUUCCCAACGAGGAGCAGGCAGAGGGCAAGCCCACCCCCACAGAGCUGCCUGCAGAGCCCUUACCUUCACUAGAGGGCGCCCCCGAGGACCCCACAGACCCCACCGAGCCCCAGGAGAAGAAAGUCAAAAAGAACACUAAGAACAACAACAAAGGGGGCGCGGCCAAGCCCGAAGCUCCUCCCCAGCAGGUCAAUGUGGUGCAGGAGAGUGCAGUGCCUCCUGCUGCUGCCCAGGAGACCCCCACGGCCCCCCCGGCCACCGCCGCCCCAGUGCUCAACAACAAGAGGAACAGCUUCAGGCAGCACACCAAGCUGCCCGUCCACCUUCCCAUGCGCAGCACUUCUUGUUGCCUACUGUGAGAGGAGAGGCUAAAAUAAUGUGACUGGCCUGCAUCUUAUUGACAGUCCUGUGAAGGGAAACCCUGAAACUGACCCUAACCUUGAACCUUAACCAAUUAGAAAAUUCAACAUGGUUUCGCUGGUCAGUCACGUCCCUUUUGUUUUUCCCUACUGUGAGAUGGACCAGGCCAGAGUUCAAGACCUCUCAUCACAGAUUAUUGGCCAUCCUUCAUGUUCAAUAUAUUGUAUGACGCCCUGUUGUUUAUCCUAUGUUUUUCCUUAGGCAGGACCUGAGGGUCCCCACAGCAACAUUCAGGGCAGCCCACACCUAAUGUAAUGUAUUCAUCCAUUUAUUCAAGGUGGAGUUACAGAGGUAGACAGGGCGGACCACCCCACUUAAGUAUUAAUAGAGGAAACAUUGAUGCCCCUAAAAUUAAACAAAUGUGACAUUGCUGAAAAGGGAAAAAAUUCUUAUCUUCCAACAAAUAUAUACCGAUACUCAUGUCUUGAUGACGUGUUAAACAGUGGGCCUCUUUUGGUAAUACAAGCACCUGGCUAAUGUCACAGAUUUGUGCAUGUUGUUGAAAGGACAGGUCAAUAAAUGUACAGUUCAUGUACUAUUUAUUAAGUUAUUACUGUCGGUGAAAACACCUUUUUCGAAUUACAGGAUCACAAUGGAUUGGUAUACAGAGUAAGAUGAGAUGUCAAGAGAUUGUUGUAUUUUAUUUGCAUAAACUAGUUCUGAGAAGUCUGACCCAAGUUACAGUUCUGAUACUGUGUUUGAUGAUGGAAUAAUAUUGACUUUAAUAAUAAUUUAUAUAAUAGCGCUUUUCCUUUUGCUGUAAGUGCUUUACCUUUCUGUUUUGUAUUUGUAAUUUGUUGCACGUUUACUGAAUGUUAGCAUAUCUUUGUCCAUAAAAACUGUACAGACAAGCA